AUGGGCCCAAAUGAAAUCCUGCACAAUUUAGCGGCCGGCUGGUACAAGUCGAGCCCAGGCCACAGUUUUCAUGCCCCAUUUCGCCGAUUUCUAGGCACUUCAACAUUCCACCACUCGCCCUCUGCGCCUAAGCCAAUAACACGAGCACACAUACAGGAUACAAGUGAUUCCUCCCUCGGAGUUUCCUGCACGAAUUAUCCUCCGGCGGAGCCGUCCUCCCACGAUCUUCCUACCGCUGUUGGCCUCCUGCGAAAACAGAUAUCCCACUACGCAGUUGCUAGUCUACAUGGUCGAAAAUAUCUCCUUACUCCCAAAGACUUGUUGACGGUCCCACGUCUCAAGAACGUGGCAGUUGGGCAAGUCUUGUGCCUCGACAAGAUUCAUGAACUUGGUUCACGAGAUUACACGCUGAGGGGUGAUCCAUGUUUGCCCGACGACGUCGUCUCGAUUGCGGCCACCGUCGUGGAACACACGAAGGGAGACCUGCACAGGGUAGUGAAGAAAAAACGAAGAAAGGGUUACAAGAAGAUGAUCGAGCAUAAACAACCAUACACAAGGUUGAGAAUCGGUGAAAUAGUGAUCGGAGCUUGACCACGCAACGUGUAUGGGAUCGGAGUAGCACGGCUGAAACUACAGUGACAUGCAAUCUAA